AUGGGCCGCUUCUGGCGCUCACUUAUCCUCCUGGGCUUGCCCCUACUCCUCCUCCUCUUCGGCCUCUACUUCUACGAGCCGCACAUCGAGAUUGCGUUCUACAGCAGGCGCUGGGUCGCACGCGAGAUCGAAGAGCUGGCCCCGCUCGGUGGCUGUUUCUCCGCGGACCGCCCGAGCAGCGGCUACAACAUCUCCCAGCACGUCUACGGCGCAAAGAAGACGGAGAUACAUGCGGGGCUGCCCAUGCGCGUCGGUCUCGACUGCUACAACUUCGCUGGGACGAUCGAGGGUCCAACAAUGUACGACCUGCUCGAUCUUAGCGUGGGUACCCUCCCCGUCGAUCAGCGUACCCAGUACCACACUUACUGGCGCGCCGACCUCGCCCCCUUCGGCCAGCGCCAGGAAUGGAUGCUCAAGUCGUUCUUCGCGACGCAGAACAUUGCCCGCACGCGUCUCGUGCUCUGGUCGAACGGGGACCUCUCACACAACCCCAUCCUCCAGAAGUACGUGCGCAGCUUCCCAAACGCGUUCGCGAUACAGCGGAUCGAUAUUCCGGGGCUGGCGAAGGGCACGGAGCUCGACGGCGUGCUGCCACUGCUGCAGACGCGCGACGACAAGGCGUGGAUCGACGGCGACCUCAUCAGACUUCUCGUGCUGUGGAACUACGGAGGCGUGUGGGUGGACAUGGACUCGUUGCUCACGCGCGAUCUCGAGCCGCUGCUCGAGCACGAGUUCGUCACGCAAUGGGACUGUUAUGACAAACCGUAUACUCCGUUCAACGGCGCUCUCAUGCGCUUCCGCCGACAUUCCCCCUACAUCUGCGAAGCAUUCCACAUAAUGGCCACUUCGCCCCCGCCACGGCCCAAGUCUACCGACUGGGGCUCCCUGCUCUACUUCAAGCUAUGGCGCCGACUGGUCGCAGUCGGCAUUCCGCCCUUCAAGGUCCUCCCCUUCUGCUUCACCGAGGGCCGCAGCUGUCGCCUAGACACGCGAUUACCGGAUCCCUUCGUAACCGAUGCGGAUAACAGAAGGGGAGUAAAGCCGCUGAUGGGGCUGGACAUGGACGACGGCGGGGACCUCGACCUCAUAUUGACGAGGAAAAUAUUCGGCAUCCACCUGCAUAACCAGUGGGAAAAGCUCUUCCCGCCAGGCGGCUGGGUGGAGCGCUUGCUACUGAAGAAGUACGACGAGCGGCUGAAUGGGGUCAUGAACACAUAG